AUGGGAUUUUAUUGUUAUUUUGUAGUUUUAUUUCUUUGGUUUUCUAGGGUAUCUCUGAUUGAGUCUGAAAAGUCUGGGUUUAGUGUGGAACUGAUGGAUCCCUAUUCUUCAAGAUCCAUAUUUUACAAUAAUGGAGAAACUCAACUCCAACGAAUGUCAAAUAUCGUAAACCAUUCCAUAAACCGCGUCCAUCAUCUAAACCGUAAGUUUUCUUUUUCCGAAAAUAAAGGAACUGAAACCACUCUAUCACCAUAUCUGGGUUCAGGUUAUUACAUAACUUAUUCAAUUGGUACUCCACCAUUUCAACUUUAUGGUGUUAUUGAUACUGGCAGUGACAAUAUUUGGUUUCAAUGUAGUCCGUGUAAGCCAUGUACCAACCAAUCAUUGCCAAUUUUUGAUCCUUCAAAAUCUUCAUCCUACGAAAACAUUCCUUGCUCUUCUACAUUAUGUAAAUCUGAUGUAAGUAACCAUUGCUCUUCCGGUGAAACAAAGAAAUGUGAAUAUAGUUAUUUAUAUGGUGAUAAGACUUAUUCGAAAGGAGAUAUUAGUAUUGAGACUCUUACUUUAAACCCUAAUAGUACCUCUCCUAUAUCACUUAGGAAUGUAGUGAUAGGUUGUGGGUAUCAAAAUCAAGGGACACUUGAAUAUGUCUCUGGAAUUAUUGGACUUGGAUCAAAACCUUUUUCUCUUAUAACCCAAUUGGGUUCUUUAGCUGAUGGAAAAUUUUCUUAUUGUUUAGUGCCCAUAUUAUCUAAGGAAAAUAUCUCAAGCAAACUAAGUUUUGGGGACAUGUCAGUGGUUUCUGGUCCUGGGACAGUCUCAACUCCCGUAGAUGAUUUCGUUGCAUUUUUGGACGCAUUUAGUGUAGGAGACCAAAUACUAAAACUUCCAAAAUCCUCCAUUGCAAAUGCCAUAAUUGAUUCUGGAUCAACAUUAACAAGGUUGCCAGCGGAUGUUUAUUUGAAGUUAGAAUCGAUCAUGGCUUCUUCAAUUAAGUUAAAGCGUGUUAACGAUCCUACUGGAUAUUUAAGCCUUUGUUACAAAGGCACUAUAGAUAUGUUGGAUGCUCCCAUAAUCACUGCACAUUUUAGAGGAGCAGAUGUUCAAUUGAAAGCUCUUAACACUUUUUAUCAAGUUGAUCAUGAGGUUGUGUGCUUUGCAUUUCUCACAAGUGGAAACUCUCCUUUGGUCAUCUAUGGGAAUGUCGCUCAACAAAACUUUUUGGUUGGCUUUGACAUAAAACAAAAAAUUGCCUCCUUUAAGCCCACGGAUUGUACCAACCAUUGA